AUGACGCCGGCUGUAUACCAACUUCCUUCACAGGCCAUGGCGCCCGUCAGAGACCACACUGCCUUGGGCAACCCAUAUUCUGCCUACCACGCAGCAGCAGCAGCAGCACAAAGCCACCGGUGGCGUGGGGACGUGUCUACAGGGACGGGGCGAUGCUACACAAGAUGCACCCGGCUACCCUUCCGGGACGGGGGCCCCUCGGCCGCUCCCUCGGCCGAUUCGGCGUCUUUCGCCCCUCUGAGCCGCCUGGACACUCCAGAUACCCGGCCUGAUGCCAGUAUGCUCGCCCAGGCCAGUUACGCCAACAGGCUUCCGCAGCACGGUUUGGGGCACCUCGUCCACAAAUGA